UUGAUAAUAUUAAAAAAUAUUUGAAUGGCAUAUAUUAAAUGAAUGUUUCAUAAUGCAAAGUUAUUUCUUUAGUAAAUUUUAAGAUUUUGAAAAAUAACACGAACACACCAGCUCGCUUUGCAAAUAGUACAAGCUUUUAUGAGUAUUGACCAAUAUAAAACUUAUGUUACAUGCAUGUUGUGGAUGAAAAUAUUUUACAAGGUCAAUGAAAAAUUAUUGGAAAACAAAAUCAUGAAUAACGCAAAUAUUCGCGUAAAAAUUUGUGAUAAUAACGAGUGUAUUUACGAGAAUAAUAACAGUUUAGAUCUGAGUGGGAACAAUUUGACCGGUGUGAUUUCUUCUUUAAAGGAUAUUCAAAUUAAAAUUAACGAUUUUAUAAGUAGCCUCGUGAACAAACAAGAUGAUUCGGUUAAUGUUGAAAAUCGGCUAACGUCGGAGAGCGAUUCGGAUUUUGAAAGUGAGAUCGAAGUUAACCCUAAGAAAUGCAAAUUAAUCGAUUAAUCGUGCGGCGUAAUUGUUUAUCUUACUUGUCAUUAUAAAACGUUUGUAUACUGUUGUAAAACAAAACAUUCACGUGUAUUGUUAUAAUAUGAUAUGAUGUACUUGUCAUUUCAUCUCUACUGAUAAGUAUUGUUACUCAGAAUGUUUUGUGAUGAUUGGAAGCAAUAAAUUGAAAAUACGUGAACGAAAUUUACAUCGCCAAUAACUGAAAACGCGUCAG